CUCUUUCAGAAUAUACUGGUUACACUGUUUCAUUUAAGACGCGACAGAACGAUUUAUAGUUUUUAUAUUUUUCAAACGAAAAUGGCAUGAAAACCGGCCUAAAAACGUCCGACAAACGAAGCUAAACACCCAAAUUUUCUAAACACACACACAUACUCAAAACGAGAAGAGCCAACGAACUCGAGCGACGCCCAAGAAUGAAAGAGAGCAAGGCAACAUGAAAAUUACAGCAACAACAACUGGCUUGCCCAAGAAGUUGUAAAAGACGCAGAAGAGAACAAGAAGAAGCAGCCACAACAGUAUUUUUAUUAGCUGGUGUUGUUGUUGUCAUAUACACACAUCUCCUCUAACUCAACGUUUACGUUCCACCAGCAGCAUAUAUCUAUGUAGAGAAAACCGAUUCCAAAGAGCACUGACGACGCCUCGGCCGCGGAUAACGAAUAUUCUUAUUUAUUAUUGUGAUAGUUACUAGUUUUAGUAUUUUAAGCUUUUAAACAACCAAACGUUGCACGCCAAAAACAAGAGCAGAUAUCCAAAACUACAGUUACAAAUUGUAAUGCAUUCCAAAAUGAGUGGACAACAAGGGUUGGCGGCUGCCGCCCUGCUAUUGAUCGGCUGUCUGGCAUAUCCGACGUACAUCGAGGGCUGCUCCAGCCGUACGGUGCCCAAGCCUCGUUCUUCCAUCUCCUCAUCUAUGUCCGGCACAGCUUUGCCACCGACCCAGGCUCCAGUCACAACUAGCACCACAAUGCGCCCCACGACAACGACCACGCCCAGGCCAAAUAUUACAUUCCCCACAUACAAAUGUCCAGAGACCUUCGAUGCCUGGUACUGCCUGAAUGAUGCCCAUUGCUUUGCGGUCAAGAUUGCAGAUCUGCCAGUUUACAGCUGCGAGUGCGCCAUUGGUUUUAUGGGGCAGCGGUGCGAAUAUAAGGAGAUCGACAAUACCUAUCUGCCAAAGAGGCCGCGCCCAAUGUUGGAGAAGGCUAGCAUUGCAAGUGGAGCCAUGUGUGCCCUUGUGUUUAUGCUGUUUGUCUGUCUGGCAUUCUAUUUGCGCUUCGAGCAGCGUGCAGCCAAGAAGGCCUACGAGUUAGAGCAGGAACUGCAGCAGGAAUACGAUGAUGAUGACGGGCAGUGCGAGUGCUGCAGGGAUCAUUGUUGUCCGGUCAGUGAUGAGCCGGUCAUUCUGGAGCGAAAGCUACCCUACCACAUGCGGCUGGAGCACGCACUGAUGUCGUUCGCCAUUCGACGCAGCAACAAGCUGUGAGGAGAGCGAAAUGGAUGAAGCCGAAUUUCGAAUAUGCCUUGCCCAACACAAAAAUGAUUAUUGGGCUUUAGUCGAUAGUUGAUAAUACCUAUUUACUGAAUGCUAAAUUUAUACUCAAGAACGAACUGUCCACUCAAACUUCACUUUCUUUUACCGAAAGUGUGCACCCAGAAAAAUGGUUAAACACAGGCAGCCUUGUAUUACCCAAAUGACUAUGAAUUUUAACACCUUAUGCUAGCUAUUUAUUAUUAUUGCUAACUGAUAUGCGUAUCAAACAAACACAACGCGAAACACGCGCCAAGUAUUAUUUAUUGCGAGAGAGAUUUAAGAAAAAAAUGAAUUUUUCUAAAUAAACAUAAGAAACUGCACCAUGCAAA